GCGCUUGAGAAACCCACAAGAGUAAGUAAAGCUUUCUUUAAGGGAUUCACCCAGGCUUAUUGCAUCACUAUUUUCAGACACAAGUGGACCGAAGAGGACAACAGAGGCCGGAUAGGAUGGCCAGUGUGCUCUGCAGCAGAGCCAGGCUGGUGACCUACCUGCCUGGGCUUCAUGUUCUAGUACGCCGCAUCACUGGAGCCAGGGCCUUUUCUGCUGCUGGGUCUUCUGGGUCCGAUGAGCCCCAUGUAGCCAUCGCUACCCCUGACACAGGCCCAAGUACAGUGUGGCCCGACGAGAAUAUGGGACCGUUUGGACCUCAAGACCAGCGGUUCCAGCUGCCGGGUAACAUUGGUUUUGACCACCACUUGGAAGGAAUGGCAGAACAAAAGAAAAUCACACCCCCCAACGUAAUCCCCGACAUAUUGUCUGCUCCCUCCAGUAGUGAGAGACAUGAGUUCAUAAUGGCCCAGUUUAUUGGAGAAUUUCACGAUAGUGAGGGCCCGGCCGCAGCACAGCAAGUCAACAGAGCGGAGCAGUACUUUGAUAACUCCCUUGUGGAGUGUGCAAUACAGUCCUGCCCUGAGCUGCUGAAGAAAGAUUUUCAGUCCAUGUUUCCUGAAGCACCAUCUAAUGACAUGAUGGUUGUAACAGUUACCCAAAAGACCCAGAAUGACAUGACAGGAUGGAGUGAGGCCGUGGAAGUAGAGAGAGAGGAGAUGCUGGACAAAUUCAUCGCUGGAGCCAAGGAGAUCUGCUUUGCCCUCUGGAGAGAAGGCUUCUGGGCCGACUUCAUUGACCCGUCAUCAGGCCUCGCGUUCUUUGGGUCUUACACCAACAAUCCUUUGUUCGAGACAGACGAGCGGUACCGUCACCUGGGCUUCCGGAUUGAGGACCUGGGAUGCUGCAGAGUGAUCCAGCAUGCUUUGUGGGGCACGCACGUGUUUGUGGGGACAGUUUUUACCAAUGCACCACCAAACAGCCUUAUCAUGAAGAAACUGCAGGGGGACUAGACAUAAACACAAGCACCCCCAGUGGCCGUUUAAAGCUAUGUGAUAUACCUUUUGUCAGUUCCUGUAUGAACAGAGUUGUGUGGUAAAUAUUAGUAAAUGUGCGGAACAACCACACCACAUUUGGGGGUAUUCUUGCAGCUAGAAUGACACUGGUGCCAAAAUGACCAUGAAACAACUCGUUCAGCUUUGCCCGGCGCUACAAAACACAGGCCAAUAUCCAUGACCGACGUUAAAUUAUCUUUAUAUUUAAAUUCAGAAGCCAGACGACAACAUAUGUUAUUUGUUGAAUCCCCUGUUAUCAUAUGAUAUAACAUAUGAUAUAACUGUGAUUCUACCCAAACACACAAGGCUGAAGGUUUUAACUUGGAAAUCUAAUAUUUGUAAAUAUUAAGUUAAGUAUUUCUGGCUGGCCGCCUGGACAGUUUCUCUUUCCUGCUUCCUCACUGCGCCCCGACGAAUGUGAAUGGUACGUUGUUUAAUCUGUCAAAGGGCACUUGCUAAGCGUUUUAUUAAAUUUGUCGUGCAGGAACAAGUCGGACCUAGACCCGAAUCAACCUUUAACUGACGAGCCCAUAAAUAAGCAGUCGUUGUGCUGUUUGUUUGUCUGGUAGCGUAGGUUCUGCCAAAGAGCCCGGCCUCUCCUUGUUGCCUUUACAGAAUCUAAUCAGGACCGAACGGCUUCUGGGUUCAGUCAGCUGAGUGGUUUAUACAUCACAUAUGACCCCUUAUGUCUAGAGGCCAGAAUGGCACUUAUGCUUUGAAAGAUGCUUUAAAAGAUUAUUUUUGUGGCAGUUUUUUUCAGAGAUCUAUAUGAAAUGCAAUAAACUCCAUCAUCUUA